AUGGCUGAUCCGUCAGCGCAAGAUGUAUAUGAGGAGCUGGUGAAAAACGAGGUAGCGCUGAAGCUCUAUCUUGACAGCAACAGGGAGCGGCUACAGGUCAUGUCAGGUGUGUUGAUGGAGUUAGCGGGUGAGACGCCUUCACCUUUCCUGUUAGGCCUGGUCAGAUCAAGGAAGGCAAAGACGGAACUAAGUGAGCUGUGUUUCAAAGGACGGCAGUAUAAAGGCGCGAGAGAGGUGCUGAAGGCUGCAUCAAUAUAUCUCAAGGAAGCGUAUGAGGCCCCUCUCCAGCAGAGCCUUACCGAACCAUGGCUGAUAGAGGAGGGGUGCACUGUACGGGACUUUGACAGGGCUCAGCUUAGUCGGAGUUGGACGGAGCAGGAGGUAAAGGUGGCGCUCAAAGGGCUCCCCUCAGGAAAGGCUCCCGGGCAGGAUGGGCUGUCAAAGGAGUUUUUUGAGCGAAACUGGGACCUGCUAGGGUCGGCGGUGCUGAAGGAGAUACGGGCGUUUGAGCUGUCGGCGGAACUCUCGGAAGCUUUCACUACUGCAGUCACAAUCCUCCUGCACAAGAAGGGUGACAAGGAGUCAUCAAGCAACUACCGACCGAUUACUCUGCUGAGUUUCUUCUACAAGCUGCUCACGAAGGUGCUGGCAAAUUGGAUUAAAGUGGCCUUACCGCGGGUGAUCUCCCCGAACCAGUUUGGCUUCCUCCUCUGCAGAAGCUUGAAGGAAGCAGUAUCACUGGUAGCAGACGUGAUUGACGCAGCGGCGGAAGGUGAUGAGGACUGGCUGCUUCUUCUCGUGGACUUUCAAAAGGCGUACGAUUCAGUGUCCCGGGAGUACCUGUUCAAGACACUGAGGGGCAUGGGUUUCUCGGACAAGUUUAUAAAGUGGGUGAAGGGUCUACAUGAUGGUGCUGCCAUGAGACUCCUGCUCAACGGCUGGUUGGGGGAUCGAGUGGAGAUGCUCAAGGGAGUGCGGCAGGGGUGCCCACUCGCACCAUACCUGUUUCUCUGCAUUAUCGAGCCACUCUGCCAGGAGGUGGAGAGGAGAGGGCUUGGAGUAAGAAAAAGGGGAGUGGCUGGGGAGUUGGCAUAUGUCGGAUACGCUGACAAUAGUACACUAGUGCUGCAAGGAAAGGAGCAGGUGGUGAAGGCGAAGUCCCUGCUCGACGACUUUGCUGCGAUCUCGGGGUUAAACAUAAACUGUGAGAAAACGAUACUGAUGCCGCUGGGGAUUAACAGGAGACGAGUGCAGCCGGACGACUCACCUUUCAAUUGGGCGACGAAAGACGUACCAGAGCGGCUGCUUGGUGUGUGGAUCACGUCUGGGGGGUCGCCGGAAGGCGAAGAAGGCAUAGAAAAACCUGAAGACUUCGGACCCACUGAGAAAUUGGCUGUGCGAGAAAGCGGCGGGUUUCCCUCUCGGCCUGGCAACGGUUUACGCACACCCGUCGGCAUUGAAACAUUGGAUGAAGGGCGGGGUUAG